AAAAAAGUAGGUAGUUGUUGUGGUCAAACACUGAGCCACCUCUCGAAGAUUCACUCAAAUAAUUUUAUAUACUACUACUAUCAUCUUCUAAUUCAACUUGUAUACCAUUUCUCUCCUUCCCCAAACCCAAUCCACCAUGACAAUUCAAAGCGGCAGCACCAACCCUCCGCCACACAUACUGGUGAUUCCAUUCCCAGCUCAAGGCCACAUGAUACCCCUCCUCGACCUAACUCACAAACUCGCCUCCACCAACAAAAACAACCUCACUAUCACCAUUCUCACCACCCCAAAAAACCAAACAUUCCUAACCCCUCUUCUCAACUCCCACCCUUCAAUAAUCCACCCAUUAAUCCUCCCUUUCCCUUCUCACCCAUUGAUCCCCCCUGGUGUCGAAAACGCACAAGACAUGCCAAACUCCAUUCGUAACAUAAUGCUCGCUUUUUCAGAUCUUCACCAUCCUCUUCUCAAUUGGUUCAACUCUCACCCUUCACCUCCUCACUACAUCAUCUCCGACAUGUUCUGUGGUUGGGCACAACACCUCGCUUCCGAACUCAACAUUCGAAGACUCGUUUUCUCCCCUUCAGCUGCUUUCGCCUUCUCCACCAUGUGCUUCCUCUGGAAAAAUCUCCCAACGCGUGUAAAUUCCAAAGACCAAAACGAGGUAGUUUUCUAUCACAAUAUUCCGAGUUCCCCAAAAUACCCUUGGUGGCAAGUUUCUCCUAUGUAUCGUAGCUACGUUGCUGGGGAUCCUGACUCGGAUAAACUUAGAGAUUGGUUUCUUUGUAAUAUUCAAAGCUGGGGACUAAUUGUUAACUCGUUUGAUGAGUUAGAAAAGCCUUAUCUUGAUUAUCUGAAAACGGAAUUGGAUCAUAAUCGUGUGUGGGCGGUUGGACUGUUACUCCCUGUGGACAAUUUCUCUGCUAUGGCUAUCCAAAGAGGUGGAUCUAGUUCAAUUUUAGUAAACGACGUCGUUUCAUGGCUUGAUAAACGACAAGAUCGGAAAGUGGUUUACGUUUGUUUCGGUAGUCUAACUAUUCUUACCAAGGAUCAGACGGAUGCUAUUGCACGUGGGUUGUUGAAAAGUGGGGUCCAUUUUAUAUGGUCAAUAAAAGAAGGUGUAAGAAAAAACAACGAAAAUGAUAAAGAGGCUAACUGUGGUGUUCCUUUGGGUUUCGAAGAUGCUGUUGUUGGUAGAGGACUUGUGAUUAAGGGGUGGGCCCCACAGGUGUUAAUACUGAGGCAUAGGGCUGUGGGUGCGUUUUUGAGUCACUGUGGAUGGAACUCGGUGUUGGAAUCGGUGGUGGCUGGGGUAUCGUUGAUUGCGUGGCCAAUGACCGCGGAUCAAUUUGUGGAUGCGACGUUGGUUGUGGAUGAAUUGAAAGUGGGAAAGAAAGUGUGUGAAGGAGGAGAAAGUGUUCCCGACUCAGAUGAGUUAGGUAGAGUUUUGGCAGAGUCGGUUAGUGGGAAAGGAGAGGAAAUGUGUCGGGCGUUGAAAUUGCAGCGAGCGGCGGCUGAUGCUGUUAGAGAAGGUGGAAGCUCCGAUAAUAAUUUGAGAUGCCUGAUGGAGCAGCUUGUUUUACAAUAAAAACCUAUGAUAUAUUGGAGGACAAACAAGGGCUGGGACAGAUAUAGGGGAGGACAAACAAGGGCUUGGAGAAAGUCUUAUGUCAUUAUAUUGGGCCCCUCCCUCUUCAUCAUGUGUGUUGUCAUUAUAUGGAAAUUACCAAUUAAAGAAUAAGAGGAGCUAGUCUUAUAGUAAACGUAA